AAAAAAAAAAAAAAAAAAAGAGCUACGCAUAAUUAUUAAUCAAGCGUAUAAAAAAGGGAGAGAAGGGGCUAUCCUUUCAUUUUUUUAUUACUAAAUCAUAAUGUCAGAAUUUACAAAGACUGAUUUCCAAGUUGGUUAUCAAUCACAAUCACUCUUGUUGGAACAAUGGGAUUUACAUUCUACUGUUCAACAAGUCAAAGAAUACCUCGAGGAAACAACUUCUAUACCAAUAGACGCUCAAAAGCUUUUAUGGAAAGGAAAAAUACUCAAAGACAACAAUAUACAGCUCAAGGACCUUCCUUCUGUCAGUCCAACCAAUAAUAGAAUGCUUUUGAUGGGUAGUCCUCAGAAAGCAAUAGAGAAAGUGAACAACAUGGAUAAGAAAUUAAUGGAGCAAAGAAAGAUAGUACCAAUGAUCCGCAUGAAAAGACAGCAACAGCCAAAGUCAGUGAAAGAGAUGAAAUAUACGUUUCAUAAAAUAUCAGUCAUUGAAGAAUUUCCUCAUCCUGAAAAGGCUAGAAAGAUACUUGAAAGAUUACGAGAUGAUCGAGGCAUACAGGCUAUCAUGAAGGCAAGAAAAUGGUCAGUUGGAGAGUUGAUAGAGUUGACACCAUUUGAAGCAUCUAUCUUGGGAUAUAAUCGAAAUGCAGGACAGCUAAUUGCCUUGCGUUUACGUACUGAUGAUCUUUCUGGCUUUCGACACUAUGAUUCUAUACGUAAAGUGUUGUUACAUGAACUAACACAUAAUGUGUGGGGUGAGCAUGAUGAUAACUUUCACGCACUCAAUAGACAAUUAAACAAGGACAUUGUUGCUCUCGAUUGGACUGCACAUGGAGGGCAUAGUUUAGGCAGUGGAAGCUAUUAUAAUCCUGAAGAAGAAGAAGUAAUGGAUAAUGUAGGUUAUGAAGCAGGAACAUAUCGUCUAGGAGGCAGUUCUGUCGCCGCAUUGGAUAAUGAUCCUGAGGCUAGAAGACAACUAUUGGCUAGAGCGACACUUUCUAGGCUGACUAAACAAGAAGAAAAGGAAAUGGAUGAAGGAUGUGGUUCAGUUUGAUCUGUUUUUACACUUCAUUCACAAAUUAUUCACACACUGAUAAAAAAAAUGAUAAUUUCAGACAAC